AUGGAGUUUCUCUCGGGAUACGCAGCCGCCAAGGCCCCUUACCUCACUUAUGAAGUCGAGGGCUCGCCGCAUUCGCGCUCGAAGCCGACUCGCUCCAAUUCGACAUCUGCGCCGGCGACAAAGAAGCGCUCGCGCAUUCCGGGCCACGCCAGGACCAACAGUGCGAGCACCAGCAGCAGCGGCGGCGGGCGCACUGAGCACCAGGCACCACCGCCGCACGGCAGCAGCGCUGGGUGGCUGCAGCAACAGUCGUCGGCCGGUGCCGACGGCGACUCAUCAGGGGCAGCAGCAGCAGCAGCAGCAGUGACGUCGACGGGCUUGGGAGACCGUGCGGACUCCAUCGCCGAACACCACGACGAACACCACCAACACCACCCCGCGGCCCGCCGUAAUUCGACCCGCGAACGAGAACGGAUGCAUUCGUCAUUCAAAUACUUCCAGGACAAGCAGCUGCCGGCGACGCCCCGACUCAACACAGCCGAAACAUCCUCCAAACACUUUGGCGCCGGCAGCAAUUCCGAACCGGCCUCGGCCCGCACCCCGGCUUCCGCAACCGCCACCACGGCCGGCCAUACCUUCGGCAAUCCCGGCGCAGUCGUCGCUGCUGUUGCAUUUCCCGACCGCCGCGCGCAGCACGGCGGUAUGCUCUCGUCGUAUGCAGAGUCCGGCACGGGCAGGAUGCCCGGGAACGGUGGCACUCGGGCCGAAAGCAUAUCCAGCGUUUCCGGCGCCACCACGACGAGCAAUCGCACCAUGUACUCGAGCGAACAUACCGACUCGGCGUACCUGCACCGACCGUUCGUCGUCCGCAGCGGGCGGACCUACCUCGCCGACCCCUCUCUACCAUACCCCCUACCCGUCGAUCUUGAAGAGCUGCACCGCCAGAGCCUGAAGACGAUGCUCCUGAUGCAAUUAUUCGGCCGCCCGAUCUGCGCCCCGGCCUUUGCCAACAAACCGCCACCGCGGAUACUGGAAAUCGGCUGCGGGACGGGCUUCUGGAGCACCAUGUGCUACAAGCACUACGAAGCGCGCGGGCAGCACAAGGACAUUUCUUUUACGGGCGUCGACAUCGUCGCAUUGCCACCCAACGCAGCCUCUAGCGACGCCGCCGCCGACACGCGACCGGACAAGUCCAUGAACUGGCGCUUCGUCCAGCACGACAUCCGCAAGCUGCCACUCCCCUUCCCCAACAACAGCUUCGACUUCCUCAUGGUCAAGGACAUGACGCUCGUCACGCCGACGCACAUGCAGCAAGCCUACAUAGAAGAAUACAUCCGCAUCCUCACCCCGGGCGGCACGAUCGAGGUCUGGGAGACCGACCACCUGGUGCGCAUGCUCCGCCCGCACGUCCCCGACAUCGCCACCACCUCCGGCCCAACCGAAGGCGACGACUUUGACGUCACCGCGCCCUCCCCCACAACAACCACCGCCUCCCCCUCCGACCCCUACCACAACCACACCACCAACCACGACAGCACCACCACCACCAGCAACGGCGACUCCGACCCCAACAACCCCAACAACAACACCAUCGGCGGCGCCUACGUAAUCACCACCAACACGCCCCUCUCCACGCCCCUCAACAACUUCCUCGUCGAGUACAACGGGUGGGCAUCCCGCGCCCUCGAAGCGCGCGCGCUGUGCGCGGUCCCCUGCACCGUGGUCGGCCCGCUGCUGCUGCAGGAGGCCGAGGUGCUGGCGGGGCUGGGGUCGCGGCGGCUGGCCGUGCCGCUGUCGGAGAUUCGGUGGGAGCGGGAGGGGGUGGGCGGCGUGGUGACUAAGGAUGGGAAGAGCUAUAUUGAGACGGGGGCGAGGAGGGGUGGGAAUAAUGGGGGUGGUGGGAGUGGAGGGAGUGUGAAGGAUGGUGGUGCGGGUGGGAAUGCGGGGAGGGGGUUGGAGCCGGCGGCGGCGGCGUUGCGGAGGACGGCGUUGGUCACGGUGGUGCAGAUGAUUCAGGCGAUGGAGCCGAUGCUGCGGGAGGCGAGUGGGAAGAGUCAGGAUGAGUGGGAUGCGUGGAUGGGGAAGAUGAUGAAUGAUUUGGUGAGGGAGAAUGGCACGAGUUGGGGGGGAGUGCUUGGAGAUAGGGGCGUGGUGGGCGAGGAAGAGGUGAUGUGA